CAUAACCGUAAACACUGGACAUCAGUGCAUAUCAUAUUAAACUUCAAGUGGUUUGGACUCCACAGCAAUCACACAAUGAAUCCGUUGACUAAUGUCCGGAACAUAACGAAACUCAACGAAAGAGAGCUGUCGUUGGGAAUCGAUAUGAAGAACUCGUGGCAUAACAUGUACUCUUCGAGCGCCUGGAUCUUCAUCGGUGGUCUGAACUACGAGUUGAGCGAAGGAGAUGUGAUAACAGUGUUCUCACAGUACGGCGAAGUGGUUAACGUGAAUCUGAUCCGCGACCAGAAGACCGGCAAAUCGAAGGGCUUUUGUUUCCUGUGUUAUGAAGACCAGAGAAGUACUGUAUUAGCCGUCGAUAACUUGAAUGGCAUUAAACUCGUGAAUCGCAUCAUUCGUGUGGAUCACGUCAUGGACUAUAAGAUACCUAAAGAGCACGAAGACAUGGAUGAGGCGACUCUUGCGCUGCACAACGAGGGAUGUGCUCCACAGGAGAGGGAACUCAUCACUCCUAGACUCGAAGACAGCAAACAAGUCCUUGAGAUUAAUAUUAAGAUUAAGAAAAAACAUAAAAAACGAAGACAUAGAAGCAGUUCCAGUGAUUCUUCGUCCGCCUCUUCCGAUAGCCCAUCGAAGAGAAGGAAACAUAAAUCGAAAUCAAGAGAUAAGAGGAGAGACGAGAGGAGACACGACAGCCAUAAAUUGGAUCAAACAAAGAGUGAUUACAAGAGUGAUAGACAUAGAAAUGAAUUCAAACCGAAAUCUUCUCAUUCAAGACAUUAA